AUGACACCCAGAACAAUCUACCUCAUUUCGUCUCGCAAUGCAGAGUUUCAACGGGCGCACUUUGCGAUCUUUGUUCCUGCCGCCACAGAGCCAGUCCAAGGCACGUUGAUCGAAGCUGUCGGUGCACCGAUGACCGGUUACAUCCUUGAAUUCAAACGAAAUUACUCUCCUACAAAUGACACACAGGAGGAUUAUUCCCUGACACAGCUCGGGGAAGUCGAUGCCGAAAAUAUCGUCGAUGCGACCACUAGUAUCAAAAGUACCGACUACGAGCCGAGAGGGAAUAUCGAGGUUGCCGCCUCACAGGUAGCUCCUCCCGGGAUUAGUGAGAACUUUUUGGCCCCAGUGAAUGAUCGCAAUAACAAGCGGUGUCAAGAAUGGACAAUGGAGUAUAUUCGCCAUCUCGUUGCAAAAAGAUUGAUAACAUCGGACGCUAUCCAUACCGUCCAAUCCAAGCGUGAUCCACCGAGCCAUGGCGUCGGGAUACAGUCUACGUUGCGGCGUUCAAGCUAA